AUGCCCAGUGACUCGGAGGAGCACAGGGCUGAAGGGUCGUGGUGGCUCCAUGGAGGAGGAGUCUGGCAGUGCUCCUGGGUCCAGGAGCAGAGCUUCAGCAACGCUCCCAGGUUCGCGCUGGCUCCUUAUGCUUGUGCUUUCCUGGACGAGGAGACUGGUGACAAGGGUUGUUCCAUGAAUCCGGUGACAGGCUCCCCUCUCACAUGCCGCCGGAGCCCUCGGCUGCUUUCUAAUGGCUACUACGUUUUGACAGAAGACAGUUUUCUGUCUGAUGAAGAAGGCAACAUAACAUUGACACCGUCACAGACAAGUGUUGCAUACAAGGAAAAUUUGGUUCGCAUAUUCCGGCGGAGGAAGAAAAUCCGUCGCUCUCUUGCCAGUUUGUUCAGUCUCAGUGCCUCUAAUUCGUGGCACAGCAGCACAGUCCUCAGCAACCUGGACUCUUCCCAUGGAGAUGAUUCUUGGGCCGAUGGAUGCAGUAAACUAGAAGUCAGUCAGAGUGAUAUUGGUGAUUCAGAGCCUUCUGAAUGUAAGGGGCAUGUAUCACAAAGACAACAUCCAGCAGCAGCAGCCAGUGGAGCCGCUCUCAGCAAAGACAAGGGGUUCAUCCAGCCGAGGAAACUCUGUGCUUCACUGUCCUGCCUCCUGUUUGUGACAGAUGACAAUGAAGACACUUUGAGCAGUGCAGAAUCCAGGACAGUGCGAAAUAUUCUCUCUCAAAUGGUGAUUCUGAUCAUGUGUUUAAUCAUUUCAAUAUCCAUAAGAUAUUUUCUGGGAGGCUUCUCUGUGACUUUGUUGCUGAUGAUUUUCGUUUUUCUUUUGUCCCAAGAUACUGCUGUGUCAUCUUUUGUGAGUCUUGUCACAUCUUUCAAAACAACUUGGUCUGGGGUUCAGGGUUUGAUGUAUCCUGAGAGGAGCUGGUCAAAUCUGGCAGAUCUCUUAAAAAUUGAACUCAAUAUGUUGGAAGUUAGGAAUGACAAAGCAAAAGCUGGAAAGCUAUAG